CAAAAACGGCCCUAAGGAGUCSAUUUUCUACUAAUUCUGUUUUUUCUAAGUUAUUGAAUGGUGUUCGAAUGCUGAUUAGAAGGAGAUACUUUUGCGUAAGACUUCCGCGUCUUUUCUCCUGGCCCAAGUYAGUAUUUUGGAUAAUAUUUCUUGUUGUCUUAGCUGGAACGACUAUUUUAUCCUUACGCAAUCAUGCCAUCAUGUCCAAAUUAUACCUUACAAAAAGAGCACGCAGGAUAGAUACCGAUGAGAUAGUGCCACCAGCGUGCAAGCUACCAAUUCUAGACCCCUGGCAUAAAAGUGUCUUUGAAUACUUGAAGGARUUGAAACCUUUAAAAUGUGAAGGAAGGCUGCACUCUCGAUUGCAAGACGGAAAAUUAAUGCUUCCAGAGGAAGUUUCAGAUGUUGUGGUUGAGGAAAUAUCAAGAGUAACCGGUGAUGAUUUACAGAUUAAAUUCAAGAAACUUAACACGUCGGUGAUGGAAGAAAAUCCUGAAAAACAUACAAGAAGUUUGGGAGAAUACGAAGGAACUACAAAAAGASCUAUAAAUUCAGAAUUCAUCCGAGUAAAAGGAAAACUAAACGGUCUUGACUUCGAGGAAUUUCAUCUGCAGUUCGUACCAAAUCCUAACGUCCUUAAACGACCCAUAAAGUCCGAAGGUCUGGGACUGAAUGUUUUCAUGAUUAUGCUCGACUCCACAUCAGCGGCAAACUUUCUUCGAAACAUGCGCAACACCAUGAAUUACUUACGGAACAACGUUGAUACAAUUUUCUUUCAAGGUGAAGGUAUAGUAGGCGACGGGACUACAGCCCAGCUCAGCGCAAUGCUCACUGGGAUUGCGGAAGAAGAUCAAGWAGAGUCACGUCGCGGAAAGCCUGGUGCCAAAAGCAUCGAUGACUGGCGAUGGAUUUAUAAARACUUUAAGGACAAUGGAUAUGCAACGUUAUUAAGCGAAGACCAGGCUUUUCUAGGAACCUUUAAUCUAAGGCUUGUCGGUUUUGAAGAGGCACCAACAGACCACUAUGCAAGGCCAUUUUGGAUUUCUGUCCACCAAAAAAAAAGAAUGUCUGGCGGUGGCGAUUAUUGCCUCGAAAGUCAAGCGAUUCACAACUUUACCCUGGAAUACGUAAAAAGCUUUACCAACGCUUACCCGCAAAGACCUAAGUUCUCAUUGGCAAUAUUCUCAUAUUUAACGCAUGCUAAGUUAAAUACGUUGAGGUACAUUGACGAUGAUCUGGUUCAAUUUCUGGACGAUUUAAAGAGCACCAAGACAUUGGAUAACUCGAUGGUAAUAAUCUUUGGUGACCACGGAUUCCGAAUCGGAGGUUACAGAAAGACUACACAAGGAAAACUCGAAGAGCGGCUACCAUUCCUCUCCAUCACUCUCCCGACGUGGUUUUCCAAGAAACACAAACAGUUUUAUAACAACCUUAAGUAUAACUCAAAAAUCUUGACGUCACCAUUUGACGUGUACGCGACUCUACGUCACGUGCUUUCGUACCCAAAGCAGCCAGGCGACAUUGUCACGGGUCAAAGCCUGUUUAACCGGAUUGACCGGAAAAACCGCACAUGCCAGGAUGCGGGAAUCGAUGUUCAUUGGUGCCCUUGCAUGCAGUGGGAGAAAGUAGACUCUGAUCACCAAAUAAUCAAGACAAUUUCGCAUUUUCUCUUAGAUUAUAUUAAUAAUAUGACUUCAUCGACGGAUUUCCUUCGUCAGUCGUGUCAACCGUUUACACUUCAAAAAAUUCAGGAGGCUUGGAAAGAAGCUCCCAAUAUCAAAGUUCAGACAUUCCAAAACACCGUAAAAAUUGACAAGUGCGACAGUUGUGUGGCUGUUUUUGGUCGUAAAUCCAACGACACUCUUGCACGUGACACCCAAUAUCAGAUUCAAGUGGUUGCGGAACCUGGUCCUGCAGUGUUUGAGGCCAGCGUGCGUAUGAUGAAUGGGCAUGCUCAGUUAAACAAUAAUUUCAUUAGUAGAAUCAACAAAUAUGGAGAUCAGCCGCACUGCGUUAGAGACACGCAUACACACUUGAUGAAGUAUUGUUACUGCAGACAUCAACGAACCCAGUAAGACUCAUAUUAUUCUAGUAGUCUAGAGGAAGGAGUGGUGAAUUUCGUCGUGUACGUGCGCGUAGGUCUGCGGUUUCGCGAGUUUAGAAAAGGGGGCGCAAAAGGGCGCGUAAGUCUAAAUUGGGAUCUUUUAAUGACUUUUAAGAAUUGAAAAAUAUUACUCAGURUAUAGAAGAUUUAAAUAAAAAUAAACAUGUUUGCGAGGUAAAUCAAGUGCACUAGACUUGUGUUUGCGUAAUCCCC